GCUUCUCUAUCACAGAGUGAGCUGAGAGACCAUCUACCAUUGGAAGGGCCUGUAGGAGUGUCAGCUAAAAGUACAAAACGACUGGUGGCCUUAGUGCCCAUGCCCAGUGACCCUCCGUUCAAUACCCGAAGAGCCUACACCAGUGAGGAUGAAGCCUGGAAGUCGUAUUUGGAGAAUCCCCUGACGGCAGCCACCAAGGCCAUGAUGAGCAUUAAUGGUGAUGAGGACAGUGCCGCUGCCCUGGGGCUGCUGUACGACUACUACAAGGUUCCUCGCGACAAGAGGCUGCUAUCUGUAAGCAAAGCGAGUGACAGCCAAGAAGAGCAGGAUAAAAGAAACUGUCUUGGCACCAGUGAAACCCAGAGUAGUUUGAGUGGAGGAGAAAACCGAGUGCAAGUCCUAAAGACUGUUCCAGUGAACCUCUCCCUAAACCAAGAUCACCUGGAGAAUUCGAAACGGGAACAGUACAGCAUGAACAUCUCCGAGAGCCCGGCCAUCAUCCCGGUCUCCGGCAUCACGGUGGUGAAAGCGGAGGAUUUCACGCCCGUGUUCAUGGCCCCGCCCGUGCACUAUCCCCGGGGCGAUGGUGAGGAGCAGCGUGUGGUUAUCUUUGAACAGACUCCGUAUGGCGUGCCCUCCAUGGCCAGCCAUGGCACCUACCUCAAGGAUGACCAGCGCAGCACCCCCGACAGCACUUACAGCGAGAGCUUCAAGGACGGAACCACAGAGAAAUUCCGGAGCGCUUCCGUUGGGGCUGAGGAGUACAUGUAUGACCAGGCAUCCAGUGGCACAUUUCAGUAUACCCUGGAAGCCACCAAAUCUCUGCGUCAGAAGCAGGGGGAGGGCCCCAUGACCUACCUCAACAAGGGACAGUUCUAUGCCAUAACGCUCAGCGAGACUGGAGACAACAAAUGCUUCCGACACCCAAUCAGCAAAGUUAGGAGCGUGGUCAUGGUUGUCUUCAGUGAAGACAAAAACCGAGAUGAACAGCUGAAAUACUGGAAGUACUGGCACUCCCGGCAGCACACGGCGAAGCAGAGGGUCCUUGACAUUGCUGAUUACAAGGAGAGCUUUAAUACGAUUGGAAACAUCGAGGAGAUUGCAUACAACGCGGUUUCCUUCACCUGGGACGUGAAUGAAGAGGCAAAGAUUUUCAUCACUGUGAAUUGCCUGAGUACAGAUUUCUCCUCCCAGAAGGGGGUGAAAGGACUUCCUUUGAUGAUUCAGAUUGACACAUACAGUUAUAAUAAUCGUAGCAAUAAACCCAUUCAUAGAGCCUACUGCCAGAUCAAGGUCUUCUGUGACAAAGGAGCAGAAAGGAAAAUCCGAGAUGAAGAGAGGAAGCAGAACAGGAAGAAGGGGAAAGGCCAGGCCUCCCAAACCCAGUGCAACAACUCCUCUGAUGGGAAGUUGGCCGCAAUACCUUUACAGAAGAAGAGCGACAUCACCUACUUCAAAACCAUGCCUGAUCUGCACUCGCAGCCCGUGCUCUUCAUACCCGACGUUCACUUUGCCAACCUGCAGAGGACGGGACAGGUGUAUUACAACACGGAUGAUGAACGAGAGGGCAGCAGCGUCCUGGUCAAACGGAUGUUCAGGCCCAUGGAAGAAGAGUUUGGUCCAGCACCUUCUAAGCAGAUGAAAGAAGAAGGGAUGAAGCGAGUGCUUUUGUACGUGCGGAAGGAGACUGACGACGUGUUCGACGCUUUGAUGUUGAAAUCGCCCACGGUGAAGGGGCUGAUGGAAGCGAUAUCUGAGAAAUACGGGUUGCCUGUGGAGAAGAUUGCCAAGCUUUACAAGAAGAGCAAAAAAGGCAUCCUGGUGAACAUGGACGACAACAUCAUUGAGCACUACUCGAAUGAGGACACCUUCAUUCUCAACAUGGAGAGCAUGGUGGAAGGCUUCAAGAUCACACUCAUGGAAAUCUGAGCCCUGCUCUCGGCAUCGCCUCGGCAGGGGCCCUCAGUGCAUUCCUCCCGGGGAGAGACGGAGGCCCCGGCCCAGAACCCGGACACCCCCUCACGACCGCUGUUACAGACUGUGCCGGAGUGGCGAGGCCCAGAGCCCCAUUCCUCACCAGUGUGCACGGCCCACCGACCGGCUCCCGCUGGAGCGAAGCCCUGAGCCCCUCGGGAAGGCGUGCUGGGCGUGUCAGACACUUAUUUAUUGUCCACCUUUUUCUGGAGCCCGGGGUCCAGGCCCGCCAGGACCCUGCAGGACACUGCCGGCCCCAGAUGAGACCGUCCAGAGGCCUCCCCUUUCAAGGGAAACACAGCCAAUCUGUCGGGCCCCAAGAGCCUGAGAAGGCCCUCCCUCCACUCCUCCUGCGGGAAGGUCAGAGCGAGCCGCUGCCCGCUGCAGCCGUCGGGGGGCGUCAGAGGCGGACUGGAGCCUUUAGGCCUCUCUGUGAAGGUCGUCUACACCUCUGAGGGUUUGUGGCGAGUGGCCGCCAGGCCUUGUACAGGAGGACUUUCAGCUACCAGGUAAUUAGUAACCGGAAGGUUCACCUGGCUGUCAUGUACAUAGUGUUUAUAAUAAGGUAAUAAUAUAUUUCACCUGGGGUUCGCGGGCGUCUUGGCCGCCGCUGGCCUAUGGGAGAGCCGCGCAGCUGAGACUCCGCCGUCUGCGACAGCUCCGCGGGGGACGCAUAGGAACAGGGGCGUGGACUUCAGGCGGGCAGGUGACUGCAGGGGUGCCAGCCGUCACGCCCACCCCGUGGACCGCCACACUCGUCUCCCGGUGCUGUGCUUCUCGGGCCUCGUCCGUGGGAACGAUCAGAGCGUCUUGAGCCCCCAGCUCCUCCAGCUUCGGGAGCCUUCCAGAGAGACCGUGGGGGCUGGCAGCUGGGCCCUGUGCCGGGGCUGCUGCUCUACCCAGUGACCACGAGGACCUGGCCUCCGUGCAGCCCCUCACGGUUCCCAAGUGCGUCCUUCAUCUCAAGCGGCUCCCUGUAUAGGCCCAGCUGCAGUUCUGAGAGUGACGCCAACAGCUGCUGCCUGUGGCCACCUCUGCUCCAGGCUGCUGGAUUCAGGGGGACGGGGGACGGAGGGUGCCGCAAGAGCGCCCUGGCUCUUCCGAAGGCUGCCCCGGGAGGAGGACUGAGAGAGGGAAGGCCUCGUCCUCCUGCACAUGAUCUGGGAGACCAAGAGUAGAAACAGUGCUUCCCCAAACACCCGCGAAAUCAUGAACCGUACGGGGCCGCUGUUCUCUCUGAAGGGACAGGUAGGUGGCCUGGGGGUCUGCGUUUGCCCUUGUGGGUUGAAGCAUGGGCCUUUAGGUAGCCAGACACGUCCCCAGCCCCAGGGCCUGCACGAGGACAGGUUCUGUGUAAGGGCCCAGAUUUGUUUGUAAAGCACUUUGAGGUCUCAUUUGGGAGCUCGCUCUCCAGGGGCUCCCUGCCUUGCACCCCGCCUGCCCCUGGAAGCAGGACAGACAGAAGCCCAGCUGCUUCUCCUUGAGGUUACAGAGGAUCUGGAUGGAACGGAGAGUAGGUGCCACGCCGAGGAAGGGGUCUGGGUGGCUGCAAGGGGGCGCCUGUGUGUCUUCCAGACACGUUACCCCUCCCUGUGGUGCCAAAGGUUUGCAUCCUGGCUUCAGUUCGGCUCCCAUCGGUUCUCUUUUCCCUCGCUCUGACCGCCAUGCUCUGGACCAGCCUCAUGAGGACCCCCCCGCCCCCUACCCCGGGUCCUGAGGAAGCUCUGUUCUGUGACGGGCAGAUUCAGUGUUGGAAAUCUGUGACGUUCUCUGCACUUCCCACGCUCCUUGCCUCGGAGGUGGAUUGGAACACGACUGGCAGACGAAAGGGCAAAUACUGUUGGGCUGAGGCGCAGACUCCAGAGUAGGGAAAAGAUAAGAUUUGGGGCUCUGACACAGGUGACCCUCCCCUUCUUUCUCUAGCCUCGGUGGGCCUCCCCUAGGCAGAGGGUGAAUCAGACACCUUUGCCUUGGUUUCCAGCUCCCCAGCUGUCAUUGUGGUGACCCUCGCCUACCAGAACAAAGAAUGUGAGGCCAGUGCCACUGAAGGGUGGUGCAGAGAGAGCAUCACCUCCCAUCUGCUCUGCCCGCCCCCAUUUCCCCCUGCCCCUCCACAUUCUGAGUGUCUGUGGUUCAGCCUGGACAUGUGUCAGCAGAGUUUUGAUGAGCACCAUUAUCUCAGCAGGAACACUCCAGAAAGAUAGGCAAACCUGCCUCCUCCUCUCUUGUCCCUUAAAUUUAUUACACUUAAAUAAACAUGCUUCUUUAAAAAAAAAAAAACCCAUGUAAGAUGGGCAUGCAGAACAAGGUUUUUUCUUAUACAUACCCACGCUGCUUAGACCUAAUGAGUGUCUGCAGAUUGGAACCCACAGGAAAAUGCAGUCAGACGUCAUCUUGGACUUGGAUCCUGAACAGCUAAGGCAUGUCCCAGCCCAGAAACUUACAAAGCGUGAAAUGAAUCAAACAUUUAUUUUCCUUCUUAUUUAAAAUUAGGAAAGUGCAACAGAAACAGAGGGUUUGUGCCAAAUUCUGUGAACGGCUCUUUCUUCAAAACAAGCAAGGGAGAUUGAAAGAUGGACAAUUUGCUCUCAUGUUUAAAAAAAAAAGAAAAAGGCAAAUGUAACUUAAUAGUUUUGUAAAUGGGAGAAGGGGAAUCUAUAAACUAUAAAUACAGUUAUUUUAUUUUUUGUACAUUUUUAAGAGAAAAAAUAAAUAUUCAUAAUAUCAGAGUAAA